AUGGUGGAUUGGACACCAGAAUUGCACAGAAGAUUUGUGCAAGCUGUGGAACAACUAGGAUUGGAUAAGGCAGUGCCUUCAAGGAUUUUGGAGACUAUGGGAAUUGAUUGUCUCACUCGCCAUAACAUUGCCAGUCACCUUCAGAAAUAUAGGUCCCAUAGAAAACAUGUGUUAGCCCGUGAAGCAGAAGCAGCAAACUGGAAUCAAAGAAGACAUGUGUCAUGGCCAACUACUGCAGCAGCACCCACCAUGGCUUUUCCUCAUCCUCCUACUCCUCCUUCCAUGUCUAUGAUUCCAUUGCACCAUGUUAAACCCUUACAUGUAUGGGGACAUCCUUCAAUGGACCAGUCAGUUAUGCACAUGUGGCCGAAGCCGCAGCCGCUGUCGUGGCUACCAACACUGCCUCAAGACCCUUCAUUUUGGCAUUCUCAACACCAACAGAGAUCAUUUGGAUGUCAACUCCCCAGCAUCCCACCACAUGGUAUGUACAAAGCAGAUCACAGUAUUGCCGCCCCCGGUCCCGGUCCCUUCUUCGACUUCCAUCCCUCAAAUGAGAGCAUAGAUGCAGCUAUUGGAGACGUUUUAUCAAAGCCAUGGUUGCCGCUACCACUUGGACUUAAAGCUCCAGCACUUGACAGCGUAAUGAGUGAACUACAAAGACAAGGAAUUUCAAACAUUCCACCAUCAUGA